AAACACAUACAAUCUACGUUCAUCAGUCUGAACCCAGUCCUUGAGGCAGAUGUGCUCACCUUUUGUUGUGUAGUGCAUUAAAUCCAAGAGUAACAAUGUGGACAAGGGUGUUUGUUUGUCUACUUGGAUCUGUGCUUUUGUAUGGGUUAUUUUGAAGAUAUUUACAUUGCUGAACUGAUGGUGGAAAGUAAUGUCACACUGGAAGCCCAGGAUAUUCUGUCAAGUUGGAAUUCAUCUCUCAACCUUGAAGUAAAGGAUACCAAUGGAGAAGUACACAAAGUGACAAUUUUGAGCAGAGAACUGGUCGCAGAGUGUCUGAUAAUUGGUCAGGACUACAACUGCAACUGCUCUGCAGGGUAUCAUUGGAGUAAUGAAGUGUGCUACACCUAUGGUUGCUGUGAUGACAAUGCGUGCACAAAAAAUGUGUCUUUCAUGACACCCAUCUGUGUUCAGAAAUCCAAAGUUACCAUAAAUGGAUCAACAGAGGGUCCUUCUGACUGUAAAAACAAGCUUGAAGAAGAAUUUCCCGCCCUAAAUUCCCUGAAAGACAUGAGGGUUAUUCAAAGACUUUCAACAUCUGGGAACAAGAUUUGUGACUUUGAGGCAAAUGUCUAUGUCAAAAUAAACACCUCUAAACUUAAUGAGAUUUUGGAAGGCCUGAAAACUUCCCUAAGUGCGGUGAUUUUUGUUGAUACUCAAGGAAUGGUGACCAUACAACCUCUUUCCAAAAGAGUAAAAUACUUGUCUACACUGACAUUAAAGUGCACAUUUGAGGAGGCCACAGACAGAGCUGGCUGGAACCUGAGCAGACAAUUUGAGCGCUUUGAGCUCAACUCUGGCUCACUGGUCACACUGAAUUACAACUGCCCCACUGAAGAAUACAAAUCUUGUGUUGAAGUUAAGAUUGUAAAUGUGACAGGCAUCUGGUCAGGCACAUAUGAGUGCGGAUUUACAACAGGGUCAAUCAGGCACACAGCCAGAGUGAAGAUGGAUGUUUCUCCACUGCCAGAUACUAUCACCAUGACAACAAAACCUCUGACUAUCGACUGCACAGAGAAAAAACCCCAUGAAAUAAAAGCUAUCACUAAGAUUCCAGCAAACACAGAGACUUAUCGCUACUGGUGGAGCUUCAAUGGAAAUAAUAUAACUGAAAUAACUGAAGCUACUGGGGAAGAACCUCUAACUGUCAGCUUUAACAUUACGUGUAAAACUGAAGACACAGAGGCAGUAGUAUUCAUCACUUUUAUGAAUGACAUUAAUCAAACGAAAAGAGAACGUUUGGAAAUUCCCAUGAUCAGAGUUGGUGACAAAACUUGUGAUGGAGAAACUCUCAAUGGCAUCCGAUGGCCCAAAACUCCAGUUGGGUCAACUGUGAUUAAUAAAACAUGUCCAGAAGGGAGAGUUGGAUACAGGUCUCGAUAUUGUGAUAACGGUCCUAAGUGGGCAGAUGUGUACCCUGAAUGUGUCUCACUGGAGCUGAACAAAGUUUCACAGGCAGCUGAGAAAUUCUCGACUGGACUUGGAGCUACUGAUGAAGUAGCAAAGGACAUAUUUGAAGGAAUUAAAAACAGCUCUCAGUCAAGUUCUGAUUCUAAUGAAGAUGUUGCUGAUAUAAUAGCCUCUAUCAACAUUGUGGAUACGAUGGCCAAGGCCUCCCAACAAAUUUCCCUACAAGAGGAUGUCUUUCCUGAACUUGUUGAUGCUGCCAGCACUAUGUUGAACUCAAACUGGUCUGGGGUAAAUGAAAGUACUCUUUAUCAAAUGUCAUCAACAUACCUUAAGUCUGUGGAGCAUCUGGUGAAGAACAUCAAUGUCAACACAAGCAAUGGAUUCAACAUACCUGACAGCAGCAAGGCAAAUGACAAGGAGACGGCCAAAAGCAUCCUUAAAGUCGUUGUGUUUCUUACUCCACUCUUUGGAGUAACAUGGGCUUUGGGCUUCUUUGUUUUCAUCCUGGAAGGAGGCACUUUGCAUACUGUUGUGAGCUACAUGUUUGACAUCUUAAACUCCUUUCAGGGGCUUUUCAUUUUUCUAACUGGGUGCUUUGCAGAGCAGAAGGUCAGAGAGGAACUCUUUAGGAUCAUAAAGGCAAAAUCAGGACAUCACGACAGUAUGAAGAAACUGAGUUCAACUGCAACUAAUACUUCAUACACAAAGGAUAAAUGAUGGCAUAUGGAGACCUUUGGUGUGCAGUCAGGCUCUUUCUUACUGUAUUCGGACCUCCAAAAAGAAAUCCAUUCUCCAUUCAUUGCGGCAAUCAGUGCAAAAAAAAAAAAAAAACUUGUGAGAAUUGCUGCUUAAGAAACCACAGUGACAAGAAACCAUUACUAUUUGCCUAAGUGCACCUUCAUUCCAUCAGAUAAAUAAAAUUGAGCUUUGUAUCCAUUGAUUUUCAAUUGAUUUUAAAUGAAGGCCUUUGGAACCGAGAAGAUUAUAGUCCUUUAAGGUCAUACUGAAUAAUGGUCUUCACAUGUCAGAGUUUUAACCCGCUUUUCUAAGCCUGAGCGCAUUGCACUGAUAUCAAAUUUGUGCUUGUCGUCCUGUCUCGGGGCCCAAGAUACACCCAGUGUAUUUUAUUGCUGCAAGCUACAGGGAGAGAUCAUUUAAUGAUAAAAUGUCUGUAGUCAAUGGAAUGUUCACAUAAUUUACUAAUUUACGCUAGAACAUUAUUCUACUGAAAAUUAUUGAAAUAUAGUUUUUAGCACAUUGCUCAAUUUCUACUGUCUAGUGUCUCCAAUGUGCUUUUAUCACACACUGUCUAUUUUCAAUACAACGUUACUAGUUACAACAUGCUCUUCUUCUCUUCGCUUCAUCUCUUCUGGAUGUCCCACUUACAUCCACAUGUAUGGAGCUUACCCAACAUCACAUUUUUCACUGAACAAAUGGAUUUGAUUAACAUAAUUUAUUCUUGUCAGGUGUAUUUAAACCUAUAAACCACAUUAAAUGAAAAAACAAUAACAUUUCAAUAUGAAUAUAUUCACUGCUGAUCAAUUCUGUUGUCAAAAUCAAAUUUAUAUUCUUUAAUUUAACUGUUUCACAAGGACUGGGCCUCAAAUGAAUGUUGUUGAGUCAUAUAAUUGAGUGUGAUAUUUUGUUUAAUUUAUUUGAAUUUAAAUGUUCUGAUGCCAUUAUGUUUUUUGUUCUUUUAAACUUCUUUUUUUAUUUUUCCAGUUUCCAGACUUCUGAGAAACAGUUAUAGACCAAAAAAAAAAACACUUAUUUGAGUUUGCAUUGUGUUAGCUUAUAAAUCUUGUAUUGGUAGCAACGCUGUGUUAUGAUUUGUCAGACAAGUCCAAAAAUUAGAGAAAGCUUAUUUAAUUUGUAUCCGAAGCUCAUUUAUUAGCUAAAGUUUAUUUAACAUAAUUACGUUGUUGAUUAACUUCAAUAGCAGCAUUAACCCUGACUGGCAAUCUCAGGUUAAGUUAGUAGCACCUAUAAAUGUAUGGUUUGAGCAAAAAUUCUUUGAUUAUCUAUUUUGAUUGAGUCAGUGAUGGUAGUAAUCCAACAGGUUUAAGGAGAAACUCUAAAUUAUUUAAUUUUCAAAACAGAAAAAAAUUAUUUAAAAAAUGAUAUUUGUUUAACUGUUUUAACUUGACAAGUCUGUAAGUUUAGUUUCCCAUUAAUCAUAAGCUGUACAAUACUUGUUCAAUUCGUGUACUGAAAUAAAGAUAUUCUGAGAUAUUUAUGUCCAAUCUUACAUGUUAUAUGUCAGAAUCUAUAUAACAAACUGUAUACAUCAGUUUUUUUAAUCAUUACACCAAUGAGCAAAACGUCUAUUGUCGAUUUAAGUUGACUUUUUGUAAUU